AUGGUGUCCUGGUCUGAUGACGCCAGCAGCGACAACUCUCACCAGUACGCCGACUCAGCUUCGGACGAGGGCAUCAUCAAGAUCCCUGAGACCAUGGAUGACUCCGAUUUCGAGGGCACUCAACCUGACGUUUUGUGCAAUGAACACUCCCUGCCAGCAGAGAGGCUUGUUGCUUUCCAGGGCAUCCAUACUGGCAGGAGGUUCCUUGCUUGUGCUGUGAAGGAGGGAAAAAACUGUGGGCUGGUUGAAUGGGUUGAUCCAUUUUGGCCAGCUACAAUGGAGAAUGCAUUGACCAAGUUGUGGGAUAAGUAUGAAGAGUGCAGAAGGAGCAAGAUUGAGGACAAUCUGGAAAGCUCAUUUGUUGUUCACAACCUGACACAACAGAAGAUCAAGCUGCAGGCAAGUUAUGAGAGGUUGGUUGAAGAUGUCAACGGCCUCUUGGAUGCCCAAGAGCAGAGGGCUCAGAUGGAGAGAGGUAAGAUGCAGAACAAACCUGAUGAGAGCAAGCUACAGGAGAAGUAUGGCAUGCUCAAGAACCUGACAGUUGCUCAAGCCAAUGUCAUUAGGAACAUGAAGUUGAAGCUUGCUAAAGAGAAGAUUAAGUUGCAGGCCCACAUUGAUGAGCUUGAGAAGGUUGUGGAGCAGACCAAGCUGAAGCUGAAUGGGAUUAAGGCCAUCUUAGAUGAAUGA